GUACGGAAACGAAACGUUCCUCAUCGCAUUUUUUUCAUUGUGUGUAUUUUCUUCAUCGACCAUUUCUUCGAAAUGAUGCUAAAUCGACAGACAAAGUGACAAUUUUCUCGAAAACAUAAAUUUUGCAACCAUUUUCCAAAAGUGAAUAUUAAUUGUUUUGUGAAUAUUUAUUUUGGAGACAGCGAAACAGAAAAGUGUGUUACAUUUUGCCUGAGACAAAAAAGACAAUGAUACUGAAUUGUGUUCACUUCACUUGAAUUGAGUGAAGAUUUUUCUCACAUAGAGCUAUGCCGUUAGUAUGUAUAGUGUGCGCAAGUAAUAAUUGAACGCCAUAUUAGAAAGUACAUAGCGAAUGCUUGUGAUGUUAUUAACCGAUUCAUUGAACUAUGCUAUUUCGAAAUUUGGGAAUGAAUUUAUAAAGUGCUUGAUGCGAGUGAAUCUCACUGUUGAAUCGAUCAUUUGACGGUCGAUUUGAAUUUCAAUUUUGUGUUUAAGUGCGCACAUGUGGACAAGAUCAGCCAAAAACUUUACAAGUGCACAUUGAUAGUGCAAAUAAUCAAAACAAUAACAAAGAAAGAGAGGCGGAGAGAGAGACAAGAACCAGCCGACACGACACGCAUUUCAGCAUUGACAUAGCACAAAAGUUCACAUGAAAAUUAAAUGCUUACCAUUGCGUGACGUCGUCUUUCCUGUGCCGGUGAAAAUAUAGUAGCCAAUGUUAUUACUGCGUUGCGUGUUUAUUCGAUUAAAAACAUGUAUAUUUUUCGUCUAGAUCGUCUUCAAUAGCUCGUCUUGAAUUCAUUACACGAUCAUUGUUUUUUUGUGAGUUUGUCUGUGUAUACGGUGAAAUUAUUAAUAAAUUAACCAAACAGCAAAAACUAAGCGAGAAACGAAAAUUAUUGAAGUCAACGCAUUGUAUCAUUAGACUGUGACUCAAUGCGCAACAACGAAGACAAUUUAUAAAUAAAGGGCAAAACUAAAUUAUAGAAGACGAAAGAAAAAACUUUACAGUGCAUAAGAAAUGAACAGACAAAAACAAGCGCGCUCAAAAGGAACCAAGUGAAUUGCAUAACAUUUUGGAUUAUUAUAUUCAUGUUUUAUUGCACCCCUCAUUCAAACAAAGUUGAAAAUUUAAUUCUCUCAACCUAUAUUCUAUCUCCCUUCGUUCUGUGCAUUUACCUGUUUUAUACGCGCGCACCUACUCUGUUAAACUACUGCACAGCGUGUAUUCAUAAACAAUAACAAGGAACAAUUGUCAUAAAAGCACAACAUAGUUCAAGUGAAGAGAAAGAAAAAACGGGAAGAACGACUAAGGAGAAGAAGAUUUGAUAAACAAUAGAGUACGACGAGUACAAUAAAUGUCAUUCAUAAAAGAAGAAGCAGCUUUUUGUGUAUUAAGACGACAAAAACGUCUAACGAGCAGAUGGUCAUCAAUGUUCAUGUGAAAAUUUUAUAAUCGAUGUUUAUUCUUCUGAUUCCACUGUGUUUGAUGGGAAUGAUAAGUGAAAAAGAAAACGAAUCGACUACCAAAAACGUAAUUGCGUGAGAAAAAAACAAUUUUUUCCCAAAGGAUCACUGAUUCGAAAGCAAUUUAACACAACAGACAAUUAAAAACAUUGAACAGUGGAGACGCCAUGAAUCAGUGUUAACGAUUUAUUUAUACAUAGUACAAAACGAAUUUAAGAAAAUACACACACAAUAUAUAUCGAAAAAAAUGGAUUCAAAUCUACAAAAUCUUCAAAUGACAGAUGUUGGGGCAUUCUUUCAAACUUGCAAGGUGCUGUGGCAUCUCGAUGCCUUCCGAAGAUCAUUCCGUCAGCUCAAUAACCACGUUUGCAGCGGCGAUGACUGUAUAUUCUGUGCCUUAAAAGAAUUAUUUCAACAAUUGCAAACAAGUUCAGAGCCCGCAUUGUGUCCGGAGCCAUUGAGAAGAGCUCUUGCAAGUGGACCACUUGCUGGUCGCCGAUUUCCAUUGGGAUGUUUAGGCGAUGCAGCCGAAUGCUUUGAGCUUCUAUUGCAUCGAGUUCAUUCACAUUUAUCGUCCGAAGAGAUGGACGAUUGCAAUACACCACAAUGUGUUGCCCAUCAGAAAUUCGCGAUGAGAGUUGUUGAACAGAGUGUAUGCGAAUGUGGAGCCAAUUCGGAACAACUGCCAUUCACACAGAUGGUUCACUAUGUUUCUGCGUCGGCACUCACAUCACAAAAUUUGCGGUCAGCACAGAGUUGUCAGAAACAGUCGUUUGGUCAGCUAUUGAGAAGUGCUUCGCAGUUGGGAGAUAUACGAGAUUGUCCGAAUGCUUGUGGAAACAAAAUUGGAAUUGCACGUGCACUUUUAAAUCGUCCAGAUGUGGUUUCGAUCGGUGUGGUUUGGGACUCAGAACGACCGGCCGCCGAUCAAGUACAUGCAGUACUCAAAUCAAUUGGAACGUCGCUUAGAAUACGCGACGUAUUUCAUCAUGUGGCCGACUUACGUUGGUCGCAAAAUGUUGAACACGAGCUGGUUGGCGUCGUUUCAUACUACGGAAAACAUUACACAACAUUUUUCUUUCACACAAAACUCAAAGUUUGGGUGUACUUCGAUGAUGCCAAUGUCAAAGAAGUCGGCACUAGUUGGGAAGCAGUUGUAGAAAAAUGUAGCCGUGGACGAUAUCAACCAUUGCUUUUGUUGUAUGCAACACCACAGCCAGCUGCAAAUGCACAAAAUAUGCCAGCAGCUCAAAUUGAACAACAAAUGUCAUCACAAAUGCAUCAGUCACUGCACAAUGCAAGUCGACGUGCAGUUACACCAAGUCCUGAAAAAGCAGCCAUGGGAAAUACAAGACGUGCAAUAACACCGACGCCCAAUCGAAACAUUGUUUGUAGCGAUUAUCAAAAUUUAAGUGUCAUUCAGAAUAAGAUCUUUAGCGGAAGCAAUGGAAGCAACGGAAGCGGAUCGGAUGAUUCGAGCUAUGUAAGCCGAAGUAGUUUAGAGCAACAACAACAAGCUGUUACCGCUGAAUAUCAAGAGCAUUGUAAUGGUGGAGACGUUGUCGAUGGUGUUCGAUCGAAUAAAAAUAGUAUGAUAAAUUCACAAAUGAUUCGUAAACAACAUAAUGGUUUACAUCGAAGUUUGAGCGCUGAAUCAACACAAAUGCCCGAUGGUCUUUCAAUUCCAGACCAUUUGAAUCAACCUCGUCGUCGUGAUUCGGGUAAUUGGAGCGGUGACCGUAAUAGUGCCAGUUCAUCGUCAUCAACAACACUUGAUGGCCCAUAUUUAUAUUUGAUGGGCAAACGAAAUGGUGGCAGUCAUCCACCGAGUCCAACGCGAACCACACAAAAUGGCAUCAGUCCGAAUGGAUACAAUGGCCAACAGCAGCAUCAAUUCUUUGAUGCCGGUUAUGAUUCAUAUUCAUUAUCUUCAACCGAUUCAUAUCCGCCAAAGCAUCAUAAUCCACAACUCGCAAAAAUUCCAGAGUCAGUUGUUUUGUCCGGUGACUGUGAACGUUUGUGCAUCGAAGCAGAUCAACUGUUAGAAAAAUCACGAGUAACCGAAGAACAUCAUAAUUUAGAGUUGGCAUUGAUUCUAUGCAACCAAGCAGCAAACAAGGCAAGAGCAGCUCUGGAUGCCCCAUAUUCAAAUCCACAUACGAUGACAUUUGCCCGAAUGAAACACAAUACUAUAAUUAUGCGAACUAGAAGUCUACAUCGUCGUAUUCUCAUCGAAAAGGGUGGCAACGGUUUAAACAUUGAAAUGCUCAAAGACCAAUACUUAAGUCCAAACGAUAUUCGUAAUAUUACAAAUAGCGGUAGCUUACGACACAUGAAGAAUGGCAAAGAAAAUAUGCCAAGUGCAAUGGAUGUGAGUAAAAAUAUCGGAAUCUAUGCCACUUUACCGAAAAAAGGUAAAUCGCCGCUUAAAUUAAUUGAAAAUGAAGAUGCCAUUGAACCAGACAUUCAACCAUUGCCAUUGCCGCAAACACAAACAAAACCAGAGCGAGAAAGCAGACUGAGCAUUUUCGGUCGUGGAAAACGCAGCGAAGAAAAGGAAAAACGUAGCCGUAGUGAGGAUCGUAAUAAGGCCGCACGUGAUUUGAACGGAGGUGAACCAUUGUUAGUCAAUGCAAAAGACACAUUGAAAAAACACAAAGAAGACAAAGAUGAAAAAUGUGAAAAAGAGAAGAAUGGUAAAAAACAGCACAAGGUGCGACGGAAGAUUUUAAUGGGUGGAUUGAUUCGUCGUAAAAAUCGUUCAAUGCCCGAUUUAACUGACGCACAGGAAGCUGAACAAAAGGAACAAGCAACAAAAACGGUCGUUCCAAUUAAGAACGCUGUCGAUGACAGUGUAUUGGGUCUUGGUAUGAAUGCUAGUCCAAACGGUAGUUCAAUGAGCGGCUACUUAUCAGAAGGCCACUUUGAGUAUCAAACAAUCAUAACUGGCGGUGGAAAUCCGAACUUUGAACGCAGCAAAUUGAUGCGUAAAAAUGUCCAAAAUUGUAUGGCAACACGACAACAGCAGCUAACACAAGUCAAAGUACCACCCCCGCCGCCAUUGAGAACAAACUCAACAUUGUCACAGCAUCAGUUGCAAUUACAUCAGCAACAAAUGGACAAAGAACUUAUGCCAAUGUCUCCAAUAACACCAUUCCAUCAGGCAAACGUUUCACUCAUUUCAAAUAUGAGUUCAAACACAAGCAUGAGCGAAGAUUCAUGUCAAACCAUUAUCACAACAUGUGCCGUAGUUCAUCAAGAACAAUCACCCAUGCAAAAUAUUCAAAAGGAUACAGUCGACGAAGUUGACAGUCGAUUUGACACAAAUUUCGAAUUGCCACCGUAUCCAACGCCGCCCGCAUCAUCGUGCCAUUCGCGACAAGCCAGCGAAGAAUUCCCUCCUCCACCAACAAACACUGAAAUUUCAUCGAUUGAAAAUGUGAUUGAUGGACAAAAAGCAAUCGAUGUAAAGGAAGGAACCACAAGCAUUUUGGCCCAAUUCCAACAACGCCAACAAAUGUUGAAACAACAACAAAAACUACGCACUCGAAUGGACACAAAUGGCAAUAAUGUCGAUCAAAUUUCAAGUUAUGAUAUACAAAACAAACAAAACGAUGCAGCUGCAGCGCAUGAUGCAAAUCAAAAAACCGUUAAAGAUUUAACAUCGCGUUUCGAGCAAAUCAAAUUGCCACAAACAAUGGACGCAUCUGCAACAACACAAAGCGGUAUGUUAAUGCGAUCGAAUUCAUCGUCGCAAGAAAUUCUAAACACAAAUCCGGUGAUGCAAAGAGCCCAGAUUCGAACCCACAUGAAUGGUUUGAUUGAUUCAAAUGCACGAAAUAUGACCGUAAAUUCAAUGAUCUCAAAUAAUGCUAGUUCAACCGAAUCCUAUGAUGAAGUCGACUGUGCGCCGACUUCAAUGCACAAUAAUACAAUAAAUAAAUCAUCAAUACCGUACAUGUCCGCACAAAUUAAAUCCUCCUAUCAAUUACCCGCAAGUCAAAUAGCCGAAGAAAUUCGAGAGGUUGAAAUGUUGAACAAUGUCGUUCAUCAAACACUCCACAGCAAUGAUAAUGCUCAAUCGAAACCUCAAGAACGUACAAAAAAGAAGAGCGUCUCAUUUUGUGAUCAAGUGAUCUUAGUUGCCACUGCCGAUGAUGAUGAGGAGGACGAUUUCAUACCAAAUCCAAUACUUGAACGUGUCCUACGAACAUCAAACUAUACCAACGGCACUGAAGUUGACAGCAAAAUAUUACAACAGCAACAAAAUAUUUUGAAACUUCAAAAUGAGGCAGCUAGUCGCCAGCAGAAUAUUAUGUCACUGCAAACGACCAACGAGAAUGGAUAUCGACAAGAUAUGCGCAAUGAGACACAGAAAAUGCAACAAAUGCAAAAAUCCACACAAAGUACAAAUCAAGCACCACCACAACAACAACAACUACCACAUCCAGAUAUGAACGGCAUCCCAAAGAAUUUGAAUGGAAUGCCCGCUAUUAACUACCCACCGAUAAUGGAUGGACGAAACCAUCUCAUACAAUCACAGCAGCAGCAACAAAUGAUGCAUCAAAUUCCACAGCAAAUUCAAAAUAUGUCGCCUCAAUCACCUUACAUGCCAAUUCCACAAAUGAAUUACAUGAAAGCAAAUCAACGGCCAAACUUUAACAUGCAACAAUCACCACAAGCAAACGGUAAUUUUAUUGCUAAUAAUAGCAUUCCAAUUCCACAGAACGCUGGCAACGUUUAUCAAUAUAAUCCAGCUAUGAAGUUUAUGCAACAGCAGCAACAACAACAACCACCAAUGACAAAUGGAAACUAUAUGGGUGCUCAACAUCAACAUUCGCCCAUCAUGUUUCAAAUGUCACCACCGCAAAACGGUAUGCCGGCAUAUCAACGCGUUCCAAUGCCAAAUGCGUACACCAUGCCACCACAAAAACAUUCACCAUACUUUGGUGUUCCACAAAAUAGCAGCAUGGUAAAUGGUAACGCGGCUCCAAAGGCUCAAACCGUAAAGAAAGUGAGCUUUGAACCGGGUACCAAAGGUGAAACUAUCGAAACUGCCAAACCAAUUAUGACAUCGAUGAAUAAUGGUGACAUGCAAACAAACAUGCCAACCACAUCAGAUCCAAAUCAAAUGACUGUCAAAGCAAUUCCAACUCGCGUAUUUAAUAACAGCGCUAUUGUAAAAGCAUCCGCUAAGGCCGUCCAGUGCAAUCUUUGUCGCAAAAAACAUGUCAUUGCACCGGCAAUUUACUGUUCCGAUUGUGAAUUUUAUAUGUCACGCUUUCAACCGAGAGCAUAAUAAAAUGAUAUAAACAGUAGAUUUAAAUUAGGUAAAAAAAAUGUAUGGCUAAAGAAAAAGUGCAAAGUACAACUAGAUUUUCUUUUUUUAUUAUAUAGAAAAUAAAUAAAUAAAUAAAUUGUAAUUUUCAACUCUUAUGCUAAGCUAGUAACAAGUUAGUUUGUAAAAUCAUAUAUACAUAUAGUUCCAUUCUUCGAACAUAUUCAUAUACAUUCCGCUACUGGUGUAGAUUUGUUUUUUUCAUUUCAUGCAUUUAUAAGCAGAUUAAUUAAUGAUAUUCUGAUUGUUAAUUUGUUAGAUUUAUUUUUGAAAGAAAAAAAGAUAAUUAGCGGCUGUCAAAAUAUACAGAUAAAAUGUAUGUAUUUGCAUAGCUAUAUGCUUAAUUUAAAUAUUUCACACUAAUUAUUAUUCAAGACACAUUUAUAUGAUAUUUUUUUUGUAAUAUUUAAUAUUUGUGAUAGAUGAAAGGGCAUCGAUAAUCAAAAUAUUGAAUUAAUGCAUUUUAUUUUUGAAAAAAAGCGGAAUUCUUA